CAGUUUAAACCGGUUUUAACGGCUCUCUGCUGAACCUGAGCGACGGACAUUUUCUGGAUGGACAACGACGUGGAGCCCACAACAAUUUUGCUCAAGACGAUAUCUGAAGAAUUUCGGCGUAUCACCAGCAAAGACCUCCUGGGGACUUUUAAUGCAUCUCUUGAAAGAUUUGGACCUGGCCUGCUAAAACUCUACCGGACUAAGAAGGGUGGUUUUGGCCAAGAAAUGGAAGACCUCCUUGAUAAACUCGAUGAUCAGACAUCUGACAUUGUUACACACCGAAAGACAGCAGCACUGAGAGGCUUGCCCAUUUUCCUCCGCGAAGAUACCAAAAAGGUUUUCAUGAAGUGCUUGGACACUGACAUUUUGGCACCAGUGCUGGAAGGGGCAUCUGUGGCCAUCCUCACCAUCCUAGAUGACGAAGCCGACAUCUCACAUGCUCGAGACCAUGCAGUUGUUUUGGAAGGGGGCAUCGUGCUGCAUGAAAUGGAAAACCUCUCCUCUGCGUUCGCCUACCUCUUUGGCCUUCUAUAUGCCCUCAAUAUAAAUUACCCCAAACAGUUGAGGUAUACAUUUGAAGCCAUCCAGACUAUCUUUUUUGAGCUUGGUGGCUCUCGGUGCUCCCAGCGCACAAGAUCUUUGAAAACGAAACUUUUAUUUUGA